GAGGGGCGGGGGGGACUCACGUUUCGCUGACAUCACGGCGGGUGCCGGAGCAGCCGGGGGCCAGCAGCCCCGCCGCCACGGCCGCUGCGCACCCGCGCCUGCCCGCCCGCGCCCCCGAAACCGCCGCUCCCCGGCACCGGCACCUCCGGCCAGGAUGGCUCCUCAGAUCUAGCCAGGGAGGCCAGAGCAGUGCCGGAGAUCCCUGUCCAAGUGAUGGUGGGACCAGGAUAGAGGAGCUGCUGUGAGGAUGUCUGAAGCCAAGACCCUGAGCUCCUCUUGCCUCGUGCUUUCCUUGCUCUCCUUGCACUGGGCUUCGCUCCAGCUGGGCCAGGCUUUUCCCAGCACCUCCGACUACCUCCAGCGGGGCUGGCAGCGGCUGCUGGAGGAAGGAGAGGGCUGCGUCGAGUGCCGGCCGGAGGAGUGCCCAGCACCACGCGGGUGCCUGGCUGGCACGGUGCGGGAUGCCUGUGACUGCUGCUGGGAGUGUGCCAACCUGGAGGGACAGAUCUGCGACCUGGACAACACCAACCACUUCUAUGGCAAGUGCGGGGAGCACCUGGAGUGCCGGCUGGAUGCCGGGGACCUGCGGCACGGAGAGGUGCCCGAGCCCCAGUGCGCCUGCCUCUCCCACCUGGCCCUCUGUGGCUCCGAUGGCAAAACCUAUGCCCAGAUCUGCAGGUUCCUGGAGGUCGCCCGUGCCCACCCUGACGCCAACCUCACCGUGGACCACGAGGGUCCCUGCGAGUCAGAGCCCCAGAUCACCUCUCCUCCCUAUGACACAUGGAACAUCACUGGGCAGGAUGUCAUCUUCGGCUGCGAGGUCUUUGCCUAUCCCAUGGCGUCCAUCGAGUGGAGGAAGGAUGGCAUGGAGAUGCUGCUGCCUGGAGAUGACCCCCACAUCUCUGUCCAGUUCAGAGGUGGCCCCCAGAAAUAUGAAGUGACGGGCUGGCUCCAGAUCCAGGGUGUGCGGGUGACGGACGAAGGCACCUACCGCUGCUUUGCCAGGAACAGGGUCGGGGAGGUAGUGGCGUUAGCCAGCCUGACUGUCUUCACGCCCGAUCAGCUCAACGUGACGGGCUUUUCCCCGCCAAAGCCCCGCACGACGCCCGAGGACUACGGGGAGAGUGAGGAGGACUAUUACUAGCCUGGAGACGGGAUGUCCAGCUGCAGAGAUCACCUUGCCCACGGUGGCUGUUCCCGGGGGUUGGGGAUAUCACCGGAGCAAGCACCCCCAGCCCAAAACUCCUUCUCUGAACCGUCUUGGCACAGCAGCCUCUUUUUUGGGGUGGGGACAGGGUGACACAUCCCUUUGCUGGGGGGUGCUCGGGAAGGGGACGCUGGCUGGUUGGUGGCACAGGGCUGGGACUGGGGGUGGCUCUGCCUGGGGUGGGAUGGCUCUGUCCUCUGGCCGAGCAGUGAUGCGGUGGCAGGUGGGACGCUGCGGGGACAGCCACACCGCGUGUGAUGAGGACUUGGUGCUGGGGCUGGAGGCAGUCCCCCUGGGAGAGGGAGGCCAGGGCAGGGGCAUCUCUGCCCUGUGCGAAGCAUUUUGGGGAAGCCAGAGCGGAGGGCUGGAACCUGGCUGUGACACCCAGUGCAUUACCCCUGGGGCUGAUCAUAGAAUCAUAGAAUGGUUUGGGUUGAAAGGGACCUUAAAGAUCAUCUAGUUCCAACCCACCCUGCCAUGGGCAGGGACACCUUCCACUGGACCAGGUUGCUCAAAGCCCUAUCCAACCUGGCCUUGAACACUUCCACAAAUGGGGCAUCCGCAACCUCUCUGUGCAACCUGUUCCAGUGCCUCACCACCCUCAGGGGAUCUGCAUCCCCUGAGCACAGGGACAGCCAGGCUUCUCCCCAGGACCCAGGGAACCUGCUGCCAAAACCUCCUUCUCUUACGUUUUGUUUUUAACCAGAAAAGCAGUGAUUUGAGGAAACCAGACACUUGUGGUUUAGAGUGCUGUCUUUUCUCUGGCCCAACCGCCCAUGUGGUCAGAAACACUUUGUCCUUUUUGGACCAACUUUGUGCUUUCCCUUCCACAGAGCUCUUUACUUUGCCAUUUCAGUUAAAAUAUACACAUAGGUCAAAGCCUAUACAGACCAGUCGACUGUCCUGCAUCCACAAGGAUUAUUCUGGGGGUGAGGGAGGGUGCAAACACUGUGGAUGCUACCUUGUCCAUUGUGGGAGUGCUUGGGUUGAGGAGCCCUCCUGCCCAUCCCGGUGCUUACAGCUGGUCCUGGUGUGGGUCCUGCCCCUCUCAUCCCACAUAGGGAUGGGGGCCCCCAGCAGACCAGCUCUUGUUUCCACUGGAAAUGCUCCAUUUUUUAAUAAACCCCCACCUGCCUCUCAGAGCUGGUGAUUUAGAGCAAACUGUCAUUUUGGGGGAGUGUGGGAAGGAAGCCCAGAGCUGUGCUGUGUUGCCCCAUGCCUGUAGAGGGCUGGCAGGACCCUUUCCCACGGGCUUCCCGGGGCUGAGCUCACAGUCAAGGACUGCUUUGUCCCCCCCCAAACCAGCAACAUUUACAGGAUUUCUGGGACUUAAAACAUCCCCAUG